CCCGCGGCUUCCCCCAUGACGUCACCCCAUGCGCGGCCCCGCGAGCUCGGGAGCAGCCAGCAGUCAGUCAGUGCUCGGCACUUGGAGUGAGGCGAGGCCGGUAGUGACGCGGGCGCGGCGCUUCCUGUAUCUCUCCCAGCAGCAGCAGGGCGGUGGUAUCCUCCUCCUCACACCGACGGCGACCGCAUCACACGUACACGGAGGAGCAGCACCAGCGGCCGGUCACCCCCGGGAUCCGCAGCGGAGACUUUUUUAAUAUACAAAAUCUCCUUUUUCCUCUCCCCGGGAGCCGUGUCGCCGCGCAGCCAUGCAAGCCAUCAAGUGUGUGGUGGUGGGAGACGGAGCUGUUGGUAAAACCUGCUUGCUGAUCAGUUACACCACCAAUGCAUUCCCUGGGGAAUACAUCCCAACUGUAUUUGAUAACUAUUCUGCCAAUGUUAUGGUGGAUGGAAAGCCAGUAAAUUUGGGCUUGUGGGAUACAGCUGGACAAGAAGAUUACGAUAGAUUGCGUCCUUUAUCUUAUCCACAAACGGAUGUGUUCCUAAUCUGCUUUUCACUUGUGAGCCCGGCCUCAUUUGAAAAUGUCCGUGCUAAGUGGUACCCGGAAGUACGACAUCAUUGCCCUAACACCCCCAUUAUCCUCGUGGGCACAAAACUUGAUCUGAGAGAUGAUAAAGACACCAUUGAGAAGCUUAAAGAGAAGAAGCUUACACCCAUUACCUAUCCUCAGGGACUUGCCAUGGCAAAGGAGAUUGGUGCAGUGAAAUACUUAGAAUGCUCAGCACUGACACAGCGGGGGCUGAAGACCGUGUUUGAUGAAGCAAUAAGAGCUGUCCUCUGCCCACCCCCAGUGAAGAAGGGGAAGAGAAAAUGCCUGAUUUUGUAAUCCUUACACUUCUCAUCCCGCUCCCGUCUGAGACUCAAAAUGCCAAAUCCCAGCCCUGUUUUUAAUAAUCAUUCUCUACCUAUAAAAUCUUGAAUCUAUGAAGUACUCCGUUUACUUCAUCCCAUAAGUGACAUGUCUCUUUUCCAGGCUCUACUAAAAAUACCCUCCCAUAUGAUAGAUCAGUCUACUUAGCCCUAUUCUACUGACAACGGUUUUCCUUCAAUUUACUAAAUGUUGCCAAAUCCCCCACUCAGCACGGUUACCUAUUCUGUUUCCGUCAGACAUGAGCCAUCACCUCUAGAAAAACAUGACUUUGUACUCGGAUUUCAUUUCUGGAUAGAAAAACAAACUGUACUUAUACAAGCUGAUACUGUUCAUAUACUGACUGUAGGGAAGAGACAUACUGCAUAUAUUAAAUACUUUAUUAAUCUAAUUCACUGUAUUGCAUUGUAAAUCAGAAUGGUUAUUUAGGAAUGUUAGAUCUAAUAUGUAUCUUUUUACUGCUUGGGUUAAAAAUAAAGUUUUGCUUAAAGGGUACUAAUCUGCUCUUUUGGAUGAAAACUAUAAAGGUGGAAAUACAUGAACUAGGUUUCAGGGUUUUACUAGUAAACAUAAGCAGCAGUAUUUAAAGGUGACACUACCGCAUUGAUACUAGUCAAACAAUGUGUUACGAAUGGCAGUAGGAAGAGACUACUAUACAGUAGGUGAGUAUUUGGCAUAAUGUAAUCCCUUUUCCCCAUGUCAUACACAGGGCAUUGGACCCCUCUUGUGAAUUGGGGUGGGCAGAACACUUUAGUGGGAUAUGCUGACAUGGUGUUACACGCUGAUUUCUGUAUUCCAGAUUACAGUGCAAUACCAGUGCCUAUCCAACAAGAUUGGAUGUAGAAGAGGGGGGGUGGGCGUUAAGGUUUAUAGUGCUCAUUCCCACAGAUUCUAAAAUGAACAAGCUUUUCAUGUUGGCUUGCCUAUAUAUAUUAUCUUGUAUUCUAAUAUCUCUUUAAUUAUUGUAACUUGCUUUUUUUGUAGUUCAUGAAAUUAUGCCCAGUACUGUGUUUUUUUAUUUUUUUGUUUAUUUUAAUAUUCCUUGUUUGCUUAACAGCGUCCUCAUAUUGCCUUUCCUAUAACACUAGGUGUACAAAUCAUGUGAAACUGCUAUACAGGCGUUGAUUGCUUUCUUUUUCUUACCUAAUUUUUUAUUUUUCAAUGGCUCGUUCACAAAUAUAUUUGAUUGCACUUUUCACACGUUAAACAGCGGAAAAUCACAUGGACAAAUAAGUCUAUGGUGCUGAGCAUACCAUGACAUUCUAAAAUGUACAUUGUAUUUCAAAGUUUAGAAUGCAAAACCUCCUAUUUCACAUGAAUUAAUACUGCGCUAUUCCUACAAUAGAUUGUAUUGGUUAAAGCGAAAUGCGCGGAAAUUGCUUUAGGAAUGUAUCUAAAGCACGUAGUAACUCUCAAGCGAUGUCUGUUUUUCUAGCAUAUAUGUGUGAGCGAGCCCCUUACAGCUUACAUACAAAUGCAGCUGCUAUAUAUUGUAGUCCAUAUAUGUUUUUGUUUUUUUUCAUUUGGAAACUUCUUUUUCUAUAAUUGCAUUUAUCAGUUCUGUUCUCUAGGGUCUGUGAGGUCUUAAUUAUAGAGCAAGUGUUAAUGAUGUGAUGCACACCCCUGUCUAAACAUUAUUUGAAGGGACAAAUGACUCAACCUUUCUACAACGUGAACAAAUUCAAAGCGCAUUUCAGGAUGUUGCAGAAAAUAUUGUGAACAGUGUUUUUACAUUGAUCUUUUGCUAAUGCAAUUUAGUGUUUUACAUGCAUGUUUGAAUUAAUAAAUCCUUAAACUACAA